CCGCGUGAUUCCCUUCUGCGUCUCCUGUUCUUACCCCCCGCUGACACGCGUAGAAGAAGAGAGAGAAAGAUUAAUAUUUUAUUUAUUUAUUUAUUUCUCAGAUCUUCUCUUCCCUUUGAUUUCUGUUCUUGAAGUUACAGAUCUGGCGAGAUACGAAACCUAAGCAGCUUCUAUGGCCACCAAAGAAGCAGCUUCGACUGAUGUCGUCGAUGGGAUGAAGGAUCUUACUGGGAGUUUUCCAGGGGACAAGAAAAUUACAGUGGUCUUUGUCUUAGGUGGGCCUGGCAGCGGAAAGGGAACACAGUGUGCCAAUAUUGUUCAACACUUUGGAUUCACCCAUCUCAGUGCUGGUGAUCUUCUGCGUGCAGAAAUCAAGUCUGGCUCUGAAAAUGGAACUAUGAUCCAGAAUAUGAUAAAAGAGGGGAAGAUUGUUCCUUCUGAGGUCACAAUCAAACUUUUACAGCGGGCUAUGCUAGAAAGCGGGAAUGACAAAUUUCUUGUUGAUGGAUUUCCUCGGAAUGAAGAAAAUCGUGCUGCAUUUGAAAGUGUUACGAACAUUGAGCCUGAAUUUGUAUUAUUCUUUGAUUGCUCAGAGGAAGAGAUGGAGCGACGUCUUUUAAAUCGAAACCAGGGAAGAGACGAUGAUAAUAUUGAUACCAUAAGAAAGAGGUUUAACGUUUUUCUGGAAUCCAGUUUACCUGUAAUUGAGUAUUACAAUUCAAAGGGAAAGGUCCGGAAGAUUGAUGCAGCAAAGCCGAUUGACGAGAUCUUUGAAGUCGUAAAGGGCAUUUUUGCCCCAUAUAGCACUGCAAGCACCUUCAGCAAUUCAAAAAUCAUUACAAUAAUGGGGAUUGGGCCUUUGAUAUGCCUCAUAAAGCGGCUAAUUAGCACUCUGAGGAGGAUAAGUCAAUAUAUUAUUUUCUAAGGCACUUAUUUGGAGCUUAGCCAGCUUGUGUUUCUGAUAUAGAUCGGCGUAUUAUUGUUGUUAUACAUUGAUAUUGAUAUAUCUGUAAUAGAAGAAAGGAGCAUGUACACCUUUAACUAUUCUAAGAUAUUGAAAAUAUUGAUAUUGUAUUGACUUUUAUAGACUGAUGAUUUGUUAUUCUUUAUGGAAAGAGAUUGUUAUUGCCCUGAUAA